AUUCAAAAGUUAACCGACAUUUGAUCUGUCAACGUGCUGCUGCAACGGAAAAACAAAAUAAGUUGCCUUACUCGGCAAAAAAGGCCAGUUUGAACAUUUAGUAUUUAGGCCGUGUUUGUGUAAAAAACGCCCUUAAAGCUGGCCCGAAAGUUUAUCACAAAACAUUUGUCAAAAGUUCAUCCGUAAAUUGUGUUUUCUGUUUGUGAAUUUUUGCGUGGCAGCGCGGCAAACCCUUUUCUCAAAUUAAAUAUAAGACAGAAGACACUCGGUCGUGACAUGAAUACCAUGCUGCAUGCCCAACUACUGCUGCUGGCACUCUGCUGCCUGGGGUACGUCUGCUGCUCACCGGUUAUAGGCCAGGAGUCGCGGAGCCAAGGCACAAACGAUGGCGAUGGUGACGGGGACUUGCUGCUGAGUGCCGCUGAAGAUAUGCCCGAUAACGGAGGCGACAUCGACAAGAGAAUGGAGCGCUAUGCCUUUGGUCUGGGCCGACGCGCCUAUAUGUACUCCAAUGGAGGAGCUGGCAUGAAGCGUCUGCCGGUUUACAACUUUGGGCUCGGCAAGCGUUCGCGUCCGUACUCCUUUGGUCUGGGCAAGCGCAGCGACUAUGAUUACGAUCAGGAAAAUGAGAUUGAUUAUAGGGUUCUGCCGCCGGGAUAUCUUUCUGUUGCUGCUGGCAGGGGUCAGGGUCGACAAAACAAGCGGACGACACGCCCACAGCCGUUUAACUUUGGCCUGGGUAGGCGUUAAGACCGACCUGUCCCGAAAAAGAAAACGGACGCACAAAUGGCCCACGAAUAGAUUCCAGUUCCAGCCGUGUACCAUUUGAGAGAGGGCAAAACUAACUUUUAACUAUUAUAUCAAAUUGUUGUUACUUGGCUCCGACUUACGAAGAAGUCAAACUUAAAUAACAUCUCGAAACUAAUCUAAAACUGAGAACUUUCGACACAAACACAAGAUUUAAAUUAUAAUUUUAGUUUUUCAACUGAGGCGCUAAACUGCAGCAAAAUUCUAAUUUUAAAUAUAUAUUAUACAAAAUCAACGAUGAAAUUGCAAAAAAGAAAAAAUGAAUAAAAAAAAA